AUGCAAACACUAGGUCAUGAAGGUAUUAAACAACUUAAUGACAUGUAUGAUGGUUUUAAUGGUAUUGAACAAAAGCUCAAAACAAAUUUAAUAACUGAUUUAUCUAAUGAUGAAAUUGAUUUAUCAAUACGUAUAGCCGCCUUUGGUCGUAAUGAAAUUCCACAAAAAUCAUCAACAACAUUUCUUUGUCUUUUGUUUGAUGCUCUUAAAAAUUGGACAUGUAUUACACUUAUUAUAUGUGGUAUCAUUUCAUUUGUCUUAUCAUUUUAUCAUCCAAAUGGAGAAACAAUUAAAGCUAAAAUAAAACCAAUUGAACUUGAUCAAAAGUGUAAUGUUAUUAGAGAAAGUACAAUACAACAAAUUCCAAUAAAAGAUAUUGUUGUUGGUGAUAUAUGUGAAAUUAAAUAUGGAGAUGUAUUACCAGCUGAUGGUGUUAUUAUACAAUCUAAUAAUCUUAAAGUUGAUGAAUCCUCAUUAACUGGUGAAUUAGAUUUAAUUGAAAAAUAUGAAUCAACAGAUCCAUUUCUUCUUUCGGGUACACAUAUUAUAGAAGGCAGUGAUAAAAUGUUAAUUUUAGCUGUUAGUGAACAUGGUCAAACAGGAACGAUAUUGAAGUUACUAAGUACAAUCAAAGAACAAAACAAUGAUAAAAAAAAACAAAACGCAACUGCAUCACAAAAUGUUGUACUUGAUAAUGUCAAUCCAACAAGUAAUGAGGAUGAUCUUGAUUGUGUUAAAAUAGAAAAACGAUCAAUUUUACACACACAAUUAAGAAAAUUAGGUAUUCAAAUUGAAUAUGCAGAUAAAAAUUUUCAAAUAGAUUUCAUAUAA